CACUUUACACAGAAGACAAAGCUCCCCCGUGUCACCCACACAGCUCUGUUGGGGCAAGUUCUGUUAGUGUUUAACCCUGCCCAUCCCGCAUCACGAGCGGCCACGCAGACCUGGCGCAUGAAGGACCGGAUGAAGGCGGUGAGCGUGUCGCUGGUUCUGUGUCUCAACGUGGGCGUCGAUCCCCCGGACGUGGUGAAGACGACGCCGUGCUGCUGCCUCGAGUGCUGGAUCGAUCCCCCCCCCCCCACUCGCUGGGCCCGCAUCGGAACCAACCUGCAGAAGCAGUACGAGUGCUGGCAGCCACGGGCACGGUACAAGCAGUGCCUCGACCCCACGGUGGAGGAGGUGAAGAAGCUGUGCAUGUCUCUGCGGCGCAACGCCAAGGAGGGGCGCGUGCUGGUCCACUGCAAUGUGCACGGUGUGCCACGGCCCACCGCCAACGGGGAGGUCUGGGUCUUCAACAAGAACUUCACGCAGUACAUCCCGCUGUUCAUCUACCACCUGCUGACGUGGAUGGGCAGCCCCUCCAUCUUCGUGUACGACUGUUCCCAUGCCGGGAUCAUCGUCAAGUCCCUCCUGCAGUCCUCUCUGCAGAGGGAGCAGGAGCUCGAGACUGUCGGUCCGCACCGCGACUCGUGCUUUCUCCUCUCUGCGGACUCUUCAUCCCAAGGCUCCUGUAAUGUGUCGACCAUCAGCCCGAGCCACCCGCUGUCGCUGGUGGGGAUGCCCCCGACGUCGAUGCGUUGCUGCGUCCAGCCGGCCGCCUGCGAGUCGUCGCAACUGCUGCCCAUGAACCCCGAGCUGCCCGCCGACCUCUUCACCUCCUGCCUCACCACGCCCGUCAAGAUCUCCCUGCGCUGCCAGAGCAGUGGCAAGCUGGUGCCUGGUGUCACCCUGGACCUCAUCGAGAAGUCGGAGCCUAUCCUCUUGCUUUGUCAGAUUCUCCAAAGAUUUUUCCUCUUGCGUGUAGUCACUUUAAGAUGUUUUCUUGUUCAUGUUUUUGUUUUGUUGCGGUUGCACCCGAGCCUAGAGCCGCAUGGCUCACAGGGUUAUACCUAAUAAAUGAAAAAAAAACUAUCGGUGAGCCAUCGCUCAACUUCGGUGGCACGCAACGGAAUCACCUAGUCUCUUCAACCUGUCCGUUGUUUCUUUUGUCGUAUGGAAACAGGAAGUGAUUACAGGGGCGACUCUACCACGACAUCUUCCCUGGUACGGAGUUCGCCGACAAAGCUGCAAUGCGGAUCGCCCUGAAAUAAUUUAAACUAUUUUUUUUGC